ACAUGUUUUCCUGCUCUGAGCAUUCCGGUUCGCAACCGUUCAGUUUCCGCGCAGUGAAUGACCUUCUCGCGUCCGAGUGUGUAGAGGAAUCUAAGAUAUUGUUCUGUGAACUGUGGUGUGGCAGCAUCAAACGCGUGAUUUGCUCCUUGCUGGACGAAUAUUGUGUUCUUUGAUGGUUUAAUUGCAACGAUAUAAUGACGACGGAAGUGAGAAUCCGUGGACUGAGUGUGCGUGACAUACGGUUCCCGCGAUUGGCGAGACUCGAUGAAUCCGAACAACAGUGUAAAUUUGCAAAUGAUGAUACCUUAGGCUUUGAAAGCAGUGAGCAAAUCAAGAAUCCGAAGUGUUUCGCCUGCGCAUACGUUGUUCUCUUCACGGAUCACGGUACCAAAGGAUUCGGACUUUCCUUCACCACUGGAUCAGGAACAGAACUCAGUGAGCCGUUCCCGCGAUUGGCGAGACUCGAUGAAUCCGAACAACAGAUCAAGAAUCCGAAGUGUUUCGCCUGCGCAUACGUUGUUCUCUUCACGGAUCACGGUACCAAAGGAUUCGGACUUUCCUUCACCACUGGAUCAGGAACAGAACUCAUCGUGGAAGCAGUGAAAACACUGUCGCCUCUAGUUGUUGGGCAACAGUUUCAGAGCAUCGUUGACGACUUUGCCGGCUUCUGGCGGAAAUUGACUGACUCACAUUCUCGAUGGCUUGGAGAGGAACUGGGCCUUGUACAUUUGGCAGCCAGUGCCAUUGUGAAUGCUGUCUGGGAUCUCUGGGGUCGUAUGGAGAACAAACCCCUGUGGAAACUGUUGACGGACAUGAAUCCCGAAGACCUCAUUGGCUAUCUAGACUUCACGUAUCUUUUCGGUGCACGUCGCAUUUUGAAAACUUUCAAAAGACUUGGAGAGGAACUGGGCCUUGUACAUUUGGCAGCCAGUGCCAUUGUGAAUGCUGUCUGGGAUCUCUGGGGUCGGAUGGAGAACAAACCCCUGUGGAAACUGUUGACGGACAUGAAUCCCGAAGACCUCAUUGGCUAUUUAGACUUCACGUAUCUCGGAGACGCAUUAACAAAACAGGAAGCACUCACCAUCCUGAAAUCCAUGGAACGCGGGAAAGAAUCGAGGGAAGAUAUUGUCCGGGCAAAUGGUUUUCCCUGCUACACAAACACCGGAGGUAUAAUAUUCCACAUCAUCCUGGGGGCAGAAAAAAAAAGAAAAAACAAACGCGAUCCUUUAUUAUUUUUUUCUUUCUCCAUUAAAUCCCCAACAGGAUGUCUGGGUUACAGUCAGGAAACUACCCGCAGCAAAUUGCAGUACGCCAUGCAAUCCGGCUUCACCAGAUUCAAGGUGGAAGUCGGCGAUGACACCAUUGACAAAGACAGAGAAAGGUUGACAUUCAUCAGGAGGAUUAUUGGAUCCGACAGAACCCUGGUGACGACCGAAAAAAACAAUAUGCUCCAUGCAAACCAGUCUUGGGGAGUGGACCAGGCCAUUAAAUGCAUCAGGGCAUUGUCUGAAUUCAAUCCUGUUUGGGUACAAGAUCCCACUUCAUCUGAAGACAUUCUUGGACAUGCUACAAUUUCCAAGGCUGUUGCCCCACUUGGGAUUGGAAUAGCAGCAGGGCAGUACUGCCACAACAGGGUCAUGUUCAAGCAGCUGGUGGAAGCAGGAGCCAUUCAGUUCUGUCAAAUUGACGCAUGCAGAUUGGGUGGUGUUAAUGAGAUCAUCACUGUGAUGCUGCUGGCCAAGAAAUUUGGAGUACCUGUGUGUCCACAUGCUGACGGAUUGGGCCUAUGUGAGAUGGCUCAACACCUGGCCAUUUUCAACUAUGUUUGCAUCUCAGGGGACAGGACCAAUGCUGUGAUUGAGUACAACAAUCAUAUGCAUGAGCACUUUAUGCAGCCUGCUAAGGUCAAGCAUGGGUGCUAUGUUGUACCAGAUGCACCUGGUUACAGCAUGGAGAUUAUCACCCCGUCCCUGCUCAACUAUGAAUACCCCCUGGGGCCCUUUUGGAGAGACAGACAAGGCAAGGAAGCCGAGAAGAUACUCCAAAGGCGGUGCUCGGAAACGCCGUCCGACUUCUUCUAUGCCAUCCAUGCCGAGGACAGGAGAGGCACCCAUGACCACCUCUCAAAGUUGCAUGAAGUGGAAAGUAUGGAUGACAUUCCACACAGAUACGUGCCAGUCAGAAGUGCCGUUUUCCACGAGUUCUUCUGAUUUUUUUUUUUUUUCAAUUUUCACUUUCCUUUCGUGCGUGUGUGUGUGCGUGGAUCCGAUUCGUCAAUUUCAUAUAUUUGUGGAGUAGUACUAUAGUGUAACCCAGAUUUCUGCGUGUCAUUAUUAGAUUCGGACGGAAAAACAUGAAAUAUGAUUUUAGUUAUGCUGUAUAUGUAUUUUGACGCGGUUGGAAUUAUAUGCUGGACUAUAUACUGAGAUUUAGUGACCUGAAUCGCCGAGGACCAGUCAAGUGCAAUAUUAAUUGUGCUAUAUAAUGUGUAUAUAUAUCCAGAGAAAAAGGACGUAAAUUAAAGGAAGAGGAGGAAAAUGGGAACGGAUGGUUAUUUGGGGAGGGCGCACAUUCGACAGACCGGGUGUCGCCAUAUGACGUGAAACGAAACUGCGAGGGGAUGACUGCAAUAAAACCGUGGAUGUUCAUUUCGUGUGCUGGGAAUCCUCAUUUGAGGAACAUUUGGGGGGAAUAUAAAUAGAAACGUCUUUUUUUUGUGUGUGUGGAACAUUCCUGCGAUUUUGUUUGCAAUGAAACUCAAUACAAUUCUGAAGAAAAUCGAGACUAGAUGUCGCUAGUGUGAAAGAUGGGUAUUGCCAGAAACUGGGCUCAUUAUUUUUUUUAAUCAUUAGAUUGAUACAGUUGGGGUGACAUUGAGAGAUUUAUCAUUUUCUUAGAACAUUUACACUAUCCUACUUGUAAUAUAAUUCAGGACUGUUUUCAAGAUAUUCUAGAAUGAAGAUGCUGCCGUACGUGCUUGUGAAAUUGUCAGAAUGACUGCAAUAAAACCAUGGAUGUUCAUUCUGUGGGCUAGGAAUCCUCAUUUGAUGCAAAUUUGCUGUGAAAUACAGAUUUCUUUCUUUGUGUGACA